AUGCAUGUAAAGAAGAGAAUAAGUUACAAAUGGUUGAGGAGACAUUUCUGCAAAAAUGUAUGGCCAGUGUUUUGUGCCUUUUUGAAUAUCAAACCUGUUUUAGUGUUUCCUAUUGUCCUAACAUGUGGUGACUCCAAGCCAAAAGACUUGGAGUUUUUGGAUGAGUUUAAUGAAGAUUUGAAGGGUAUUCUAGAGAGGGGAGUCCAAGAUGGUGAAAAGGUUCUGACUGUUACAAUAAGGGGCAUUGUUUGUGAUGCUCCUGCAAGAGCACUUGUUAAAGGCUUUUCAACCGUCAAUGAAAUCUUAUCAACAAAUUCUAGAAAUUUGCCGGAGUACAGCGAGCUGAUCUCCCUUGCAGAAAAAGAUUUAUAUGACGGUGAACUAGCACCAGAAAUCCUAAACACAAAGGAUCAUGCAAUAACUUCCACAUCUACUAGAAGGACACCAUCUCAGCGUAGUGAUAUAAGCAACCUCUCUAAACAAGAAAUUCCUACAACUGGCACAAUAAGAGAAAGACAUUCUCAACGAAACAGUGGUGUCUUAGAUGCGUAUGACCUUUCAUCGCACGAAACGCCUUCGACAAGUUUUAUGAGCAUAACACCUGCAGGAAGACGUUCUCAACCAAACAAUGGCUUCCAAAGAUCAGUUCUCACCAAACUGGAAACAUUAAUUGAUAAGCUAGAAGAAACGUAGUCAAUAUUGCGUGCUCUGUUAAGCAAUAAGAAAGGUGUAGACGAGCACGAAAUUUUGAAAGAUGUUGUACCUAAUCCCUUAGAUUCGGUGUAUCCCUUUAUAAGUGAAAAUGCCACACUUUUUUGAUAAAUUUCAGUGCCCAACUCACCUCCAAUUCUUCGUGUGUACCAAACCAUUUACACUCUUCAGAUGGACAGUGUAAUUAAAUCCUUUUUAACUCACGCUUCGUAAAAGCAUCCGGGAAAACCUAGAUGGAUCCAUGGAAACUGAUCUUUUAUGAAACAAGAAUAAAUGUAGCAAAAGACAGAGUCACUUCACUCAAAUGCAAGUUUGCACUAGACGUUAAAUGAAACAGUAACGUAAAUUUCUUACAAGAACUGUUGGCAAACUUUUUUGAAGUAGAAUUCACCGACGCACUAACGCUAGAUGCAAAGGCUCUCAGCAUGUAGACUCAACAACGAGCUCAACAUGUUCAACACCGUGUUUAGGAGAGUUGAGUAGUAGCUAUUAAGCGGGGUUGAGCGUUGUUGAGUGAAGUUUAAACUUGCUCAAAAUUUCCACUCAACAUCACUUAACAUUUACUUUGUUCCAUGGUCACCAAACCGCACCUCAAUUUUGUUUAUAGUGCAAUGAAACUUCUGGUUUUUAAAACAGCACACUCAACAUUUUGAGCGAAAGCAUGCACACUACCUGUGCAGCUGAUACUGUUGUAAUUUACCUGGUCACUGAACCGUUAAUGUACCUGUAUAUACGCUGUUGCUAGGCAUGGUGGAGUAUUUUAUCUCAUGAUCCUAGGCGAUACCAUUUCAAGUACAAAAUACGUACAUCGAUGUAUAAUUUUUUAGAACUCAAAGAGUAAUUAUAAUUACAGUUGUUAAGCCAACAUGCUUAUUUAGUCGUCCUAUGCUAAUUUUUCUUUGCUCAUUAACUGACAUACCCUGUAAUAUGGAAAACAUUAUGUACUACAAUUUACAAAGCAGGACUAAACUAGCAGGAUGGCUACGCUAAUGAUCGAUAGCAACAAAACUGUAAUUGAAUUUUCUGUCAAAUCUUUGCAAUAUAUUCACCUACAUUUUC